CCUCGUCGGCUCCUCGGUCCUCGUCCGGCUAUUGUUGUGUGUCUUUCAGGGCAACCCCGACCUAUCAGCAGGCGGUGAUUUCUGGAUAUUUUAACCGGGUUUCUUAGCUGAUACUCCGCCAUAUUAAUCGGUCUUUGUCAGCUGGCGGCGCCUCAUCGUUUCACAGGAAUAUUAAGGAUCCCGGCGGAGGACUUUGGGCUGGUGAAGUAGUUAAUCGGUAUGGGACAGACGGAAGACUGAGAUUCCACGUUAGAGAGACUGCUCGUGUCGGCUGUUUUCCACUUCUUUGGAUUGACGACGGGAAAUAAAAACGUGCGGGAAGAGACCACAGGACGCAUGUAGCCGAAGUACAACACUGCUAAGGUCGCGUUUAAGGCUUGACGAUGGGUUGUGUCAGGAGUAAAGAGGACAAGGGCCCAGCGCUGAAGUACCGACCCGACAACUCAAAUGCCACGCCAGUUAACGCCCACCUGGGCCACUACGGGCCUGACCCCACCCUGAUAGGUCACUCACCAGCUAUGAAGACACACAACAACAGCUACAACAGCCAUGCCGCUGCCCUCACGCCCUUUGGUGGGGCGUCUUCGGUCAUGACGCCCUUCGGUGGCGCCUCCACCUCCUUCACUUCAGUGGCAGUGAGCAGUCCCUUCCCCGGUGUCAUCACAGGUGGUGUCACGUUUUUCGUAGCUCUGUACGACUAUGAAGCGAGGACGUCAGAUGAUCUGUCAUUCAAAAAAGGGGAUCGCUUCCAGAUUAUCAACAACACGGAAGGCGACUGGUGGGAGGCUCGCUCCAUCAACACCGGGCAGAAAGGUUACAUCCCCAGCAACUACGUGGCUCCAGCCGACUCCAUACAGGCCGAGGAAUGGUACUUUGGUAAAAUGGGCCGCAAAGACGCUGAGCGUUUGUUAUUGCUUCCAGGGAACCAGCGGGGCACUUUCUUGGCACGAGAGAGUGAGACGACCAAAGGUGCCUACUCUCUUUCUAUCCGGGACUGGGAUGAGGUGAAAGGAGACAACGUCAAACACUAUAAGAUUCGAAAGCUGGACAGCGGCGGUUAUUACAUCACCACUCGGGCCCAGUUUGAGACAUUACAGAAGCUGGUGAAACACUACACAGAACAUGCGGAUGGUCUGUGCUACAGGCUGACAACUGUGUGCCCCACAGUGAAGCCUCAGACUCAGGGACUAGCUAAGGAUGCCUGGGAAAUCCCACGGGAGUCCCUCCGACUGGAGGUCAAACUGGGCCAGGGCUGCUUCGGAGAAGUCUGGAUGGGCACGUGGAAUGGCACCACUAAGGUGGCGAUCAAGACCCUAAAGCCAGGCACCAUGUCUCCAGAGGCCUUCUUGCAGGAGGCUCAGAUCAUGAAGAAACUUCGACACGACAAACUAGUGCCUCUCUACGCCGUGGUGUCCGAGGAACCCAUCUACAUCGUUACCGAGUUUAUGGGCAAAGGUAGUUUACUGGACUUCCUGAAGGAGGGAGACGGUAAAUAUCUGAAGCUGCCCCAGCUGGUGGACAUGGCUUCACAGAUCGCAGACGGUAUGGCCUUCAUCGAGAGGAUGAACUACAUCCACAGGGACCUGAGAGCUGCCAAUAUUCUGGUGGCCGAUAACCUGGUGUGUAAGAUUGCCGACUUCGGCCUGGCUCGGCUCAUCGAGGACAACGAGUACACAGCUAGACAAGGUGCUAAAUUCCCCAUUAAGUGGACAGCCCCUGAAGCUGCCCUUUACGGCCGCUUUACUAUCAAAUCAGACGUGUGGUCGUUUGGUAUACUACUGACUGAGCUGGUGACCAAGGGCAGAGUUCCAUAUCCAGGUAUGGUGAAUCGAGAGGUGCUGGAGCAGGUAGAAAGAGGGUACCGCAUGCCCUGCCCCCAGGGCUGCCCCGAGUCUCUUCACGAGAUGAUGAGGCAGUGCUGGAAGAAGGAGCCGGAUGAAAGACCCACAUUUGAGUACAUCCAGUCCUUUUUGGAGGACUACUUCACAGCCACAGAGCCACAGUACCAGCCAGGGGACAACCUUUAGUCUGGGGAAUUUGGGGGUGAACUCUGGCACUACAGAGAGGUACAUCAGAUCAAAACUUGGGACACCAGAGAAGUUCAACAAGGCUGCCAACGCUUUGCUGAAGCUUCAGAGAAAGAGGUUUUACAAAAUAGUCCACAACCACACUGGCACACUUGCAAAUGCAAGAAAAAAUGUUUUCUGAAGUAGUGGUUUGUCCCUUGUGUGCCCGGGGACCAAAUAUUUGGGGAAGUGUCCAAGUGUGCAGGUUGGUUCUGGUACAUUAAGCUCUGGGAACCCUGCUAAUCAGAAUAAUCCAUAUGGACUGGCCACAACACUGUGAUCAAAACAAGAGGGAUUUUCUCAUAACUUCAAAUCUACUUUCAGAUGCACAGAUUUUUUUUUUUACUUUUUUAAACGAUAAAUUUCCCCCAUCUGCUCCGAUUUCCCCCCUUUUUAUGUUGUUUUACAAACAACAAUUCUUUGAUAUUGGAGUCAAGAUCUUUUAUAUGUACAUGAGUUUGGUUUGAAUAUGUAGGUCGAUGAGUAUGUUGUGUUUUUUUUUUUUUAUCAGACCAACAACUGUGGUUGAAUUGUGAAGUACGUGCUGUGACUGUAAAGCUUUGAUGGAGAAAGGUGAGGUGACGUAAAUGGGGAAAAAAAAGUUGUACUGUGUGGAUGCAAGAAUGUACUGAGAGAUCGAACCAGGUGUACAUACAGUAUGUGCAGAAAAUGUAUUUUUAGCAGGUGUGAUCAGGUGGAUGAAUGAGAAUAUGAAAGUGAUUUGCAUGAUUCUUUUUUUUUUUUUUUUAAACACGGUCACUUGAAUUGCAAAUCACGUGAAUUUAUUAUGCGUCUACUUUUUUCUUUUUCGUUUAAAUGGGGACUUGAAAUCAUAAAGAGGUAUUUUGAUAUUUUACAGGUGCAAAAACAGUUUUCCUGUUUAAGAUUUCAUAAAUGUUUUGGAACGGACACUUCAGCUGUGAAAUUCAACUGAGAUCGGGCUCGUUUCUGUCUGAAAUUAGCAUCUUGUCUUUUCUUUGGAGCACAACUCUGUUUGCUGUAAACAGACUCUAACUUAGAUCUCCUUGUAUUGCACAAAUGUACACAGUUUAACAUUGCAGUAGAUGAGCCAUCCCAUGAUUGAUGGUACAGGGAACUGUUAGAUCUAUUAAAUUCACGUCAUCAUGUAAAUCAUACAUGCAGCUGUAGGUAUUUCUUUCUCUUCUUCUCAGUAAAAUCCCACCAACCUACAACUGAACACAACUUCAGUGUCCUCAGUUCUGUGUCUGCUUUAGGGAAAGGUAUAUCCAAAGCCAACAACACAAAACAAAUCUCUUAAUUUGUAAAUGCAACUAUGCAAAGCCAACCAGUGAUGUUUACCGGAACGUCUCAGAUGGUAUUUGCCUGUGUGGAGCUCCCUUAAUGGUUUUCCAAUUUUAAUUCUGGGACAGAGAAACUAGAAGCAGACAAAAUAAACACCUUGCACACACUGUGGCCCAGGCAGGACUUUAGUGCUUUUAUAGAGAUUGAGAAGAUAAAAGUCCAAUAACAAGUUUUUAGAAGUACUUCCGCCGUCUGUCCAGCUGUGUGUGAUGAGAGAUUUGAGAAGAUGUAAUUCAGCAAGAAAGCUUAAGGAUUGGACGAAGAUGUGAACUUUUUUUUGUAUUUCUUUCUGUGCUUCACUCACGAGAACCUAAUAUGUGAUUGUUCCUAAACAUAGGGACUUGAACUAGUGGGGAGAUAAUAAUGACAUUACUGAGAAUGGAAACUAAUAUGAUUUUGUACAGAAAAAAUAAAGUUUUACUCAACUGUU